AUGGCUGGAUAUAUUGGAAAAAUUGAACCAUAUGAUGAAAACAUAGAUUCGUGGAUUUCGUACGAGGAGAGACUUGUGCAAUACUUUUCGGUGAAUGACAUCGAAGACGAAAAACGAGUUUCUGCCCUUCUUACAUUGAUCGGUGGAAAGACUUAUAGUUUAUUACGAAACUUAUGUUCGCCGGUGAAACCAGCAGACAAGUCGUAUGAUGAAUUGACAACGCUGUUAAAGGAACAUUUGGCACCCAAACCGUUAGUUAUCGCCGAAAGAUUUAGAUUUCAUAAACGAAAUCAGGGUACUAGUGAAAGUGUACAUGAUUAUAUAGCUGUUUUACGGAAGUUAUCAGAGCACUGUGAUUUUGGUGAUACGCUAAAUGAUACCUUGAGGGACAGAUUUGUGUGUGGUUUGAGGGAAGCAAAUAUACAAAAACGGUUGUUGUCGAAAACAGACUUGACAUUACAAAAAGCCAUCGAAGAAGCGGUUGCUAUGGAAACGGCAGCAAGAGAUGCGUCAGAAUUACGAACAUCGGCAGAACAAGUGCACAAGACUGCAAGAUUUCCGGUAAAGACAAAAAAGCCCGAAAAACCGAAACAGACUCCACCUUUGUUCGAUCCCUGUAAACAUUGUGGUAAAACUAACCACCAGGCAAACAAAUGUUUCUUUAAGAACAAAAAGUGUUACAUUUGUAAGAAAACAGGACAUCUGAAAAAUGUAUGUAAAUCAAACAAAGUGAAGUCAGUAAGUGAUGAGGAAUAUGACAUCAACUAUGUUAAUUCGGUACGCGGUCGUUCAUCAAACAAAAUUUGGAUUACGCCGGAAAUUGACAAUAUUCCUGUAAAAAUGGAACUUGACACUGGCUCUGCUGUUACAUUGAUAUCCAAAGAGGAAUUCCAAAAAUUGUUUGGAAAUAAGGAAUUGGACAGACCAACGUCAAUAUUAAGGACGUAUUCAGGUGAAGAAAUCACACAAGCAGGGACAAAAUUAGUACGUGUCAAGGUCAAUGACCAAUCUAAAAUGUUGCGGAUUUGUGUCAUAAAUGAAAAAGGGCCAGCUUUAUUCGGAAGAGACUGGUUACAGCAAAUCCAGCUUGAUUGGAAGAACAUUUUACAGGUAAAUACAAUUGACAAUAAUAAAUUAAAGAGUCGGUUGAAGGAAAUACUAGAUCGACACCGCUCAGUAUUUUCCGAGGGCAUCGGAAAAGUCAAGGGCAUGCAGGCAAGUUUAUCGCUCAAAGAAAAUACAACUCCAAAGUUCGUUAAAGCAAGACCAGUUCCAUACUCACUGAAGCCGAAAAUCGAGAAAGAACUUGAAAAUCUCGAACAACAGGGAAUUAUUUCGAAAGUAAAUAACAGUGACUGGGCAACUCCAAUUGUUCCUGUAGUAAAAGCAAACGGAAACGUGAGAAUAUGUGGUGACUUUAAGGUUACUGUAAACCAAGCGCUUAAAGUAGACAAAUAUCCUCUCCCUAGAACUGAAGAUAUUUUCGCAAAUUUAUCGUCAGGGCAAAAAUUUUCGAAACUGGAUUUACGACAAGCCUAUCUCCAUCUGGAAGUCGACGACAAAAGCAAAAAGCUUCUAACAAUAAAUACGCAUAAGGGACUGUAUUCAUAUAGUAGACUUGUCUACGGAAUAUCUUCAGCGCCAUCAAUAUGGCAGAGAGCGAUUGAACAAAUCCUCCAGGGAAUCGAUGGAGUACAGUGCAUUCUCGAUGACAUGGUCAUUACCGGUGCUACCAACGAGGAACAUUUUAAAAAUCUGGAUUUAGUAUUAACAAGACUAGAACAGUAUGGAUUACGAGUGAACAAAGACAAAUGUGCAUUCUUUCAAGACCGGAUAAGCUACUGUGGUCAUGACAUUGAUGUUAGUGGAUUAUGGAAAUCACAAGCUAAAAUUGGAGCUAUUUUAGACACACCCAGGCCUACGAACGUAAGUUCUCUUCGUAGUUAUCUUGGUCUUCUCAUGUACUACCAUAGAUUCUUGCCUGACAUAUCUACGGUCGUCAAACCCUUGAAUGAAUUGCUCGAGAAAAAUCGAAAGUUCGAGUGGAAUGAUAAACAAGAGCGAGCAUUUCAAAAUUCAAAAAUUCUGUUGACAAAAGAGCCCGUGCUCACACAUUAUAAUCCGGAUUUGCCAGUACGAUUAGCAACUGAUGCCUCACCAGUUGGUAUCAGUGGAAUACUGUCUCAUGUAAUGCCAGACGGCUCGGAAAAGCCGAUCGCGUUUGCGUCAAGAACUUUGACAAAAACUGAACAGAAAUAUGCGCAGGUCGAUAGAGAGGCCUUGGCAGCCUAUUACUUUGUGAAGAGAUUCUAUACAUACCUGUAUGGUAGAAAAUUCACAUUGAUAGUCGAUUGCCAGGCUCUGCUUUCUAUCUUUUCUCCACAAAAACAGAUAGCAGUAACGACCGCUGCACGCGUCCAGAGAUAUGCCUUGUAUCUCUCGGGUUUUAAUUAUGAUAUAGAGUACAAGAGUACAAAGAAAAACUCAAAUGUCGAUGCAUUGUCACGUUUACCCGUGCGUACGCAACAAGAAGAUUGCAAUGAUGGCGCAGAUGUAUUUUACACUUCACAAAUAGAACAAUUACCGGUUACUAGCGCUCAAAUUGCACGAGAAACGCGACGAGACAAAAUUUUGUCACGUGUUUAUGAAGAAGUGCAAAACGGUUGGAAUUUGAGUGAAAAUGAUUCGGUGCUAAAGGCAUACGCAAAUCGGAAAAGUGAAUUAUCGAUCCAUCGUGGAUGUUUAUUAUGGGGAAUAAGAGUGGUCAUACCUACAAAGUUACGGAAACAGAUUUUAGAUCUAUUGCAUGCUAGCCAUCCUGGCAUUGUGAGAAUGAAGAAUCUUGCAAGAGGAUAUGUAUGGUAUCCUGGCAUUGACAAAGAUCUAGAAUUGCUUGUUAAAAGUUGUGUCGGUUGUCAAAAACAGCAGAAGGCACCUUCAGCAGUUAACCUUCACCCCUGGGAAUGGCCUAGUUCUCCAUGGGAGCGCGUACAUAUAGAUUUUGCCGGACCAUUUUUAGGAAGAAUGUUUCUUAUUAUGGUCGACGCACAUUCAAAAUGGCCGGAAGUCAUUGAAAUGAAAAGUACUACGGCCGAAAGAACGAUAGAAGUUUUGCGUACGGUAUUUUCAAGAAAUGGGUUACCUACAAAUAUUGUGAGUGACAAUGGAACACAGUUUUGUUCAGAUAUUUUCGCAAAAUUCAUGAAAGACAAUGGUAUUUUGCAUUUAAGGUCUGCACCGUACAACCCGAGCACAAAUGGUCUGGCGGAAAGAUUUGUCGGUCAUUUCAAACAAAGUAUACGAGCUAUGCAUUUUGAAACAGGAGAUUUCAAUCAGAAACUUAGUUGUUUUCUGUUACGGUAUCGCAAUACACCGCACAGUACUACAAAUGAAUCGCCUGCAAAGUUAUUUCUAGGUAGAAGUUUGAGGUGUAGGCUCGAUCUUGUCAAACCUAACACAAAACGUUAUGUGUCUGAUAAGCAAAUGAAGUCUUCCUUUUCUGAUGACAGAAAAUUUCGAGAAUUUGAAAUUGGUGAAAAUGUGCUAGCGCGUGAUUACCGCGGUAGAGAAAAAUGGAUUGGCGGUACUAUAGUUUCUCGUGAAGGUCCGCUUAUGUAUCAGGUAGAUGUAGGAUACAAUAUAAAAUGGCGUAGACAUGCAAAUCAAUUGCGGAAAACUGAAAUGAUUGAACCGCGAUCGAUAGAUCAGCCGCAUGAAACUGACAUGGAUUUAUCAAAAUCAUUACCGCAAAAUAAUCCGACUUACAGCCCGGAAAAUCUAAAUAAUCAGGCACAAGGUGACCAGAAAACAGUGCAUGAGAAACAAGAUAGUACGCAGAAAACUACUGAUAAUACACCUGUGGUGAUUAACAGUAAACAGGACAUUGUUUCUGAAAGACGAUAUCCAUUACGGAAUAGAAAAGCACCAGAUAGAUAUGGUUUUGAUUAG